CUCUGGCCUCUCAGAGCCUCUUGGAUCCCCACGGGGUAAUGGGUGUCCCGAUCUCACGGGGGACUUUGUGAUCUGUGAUCCCCUGACCCUCCUAGAGCACAACUUGGCCAGGCUCACCGGGCUCCCGCACCACUGCCUGUCAGGUCUGCCGCCAGCCCCAAGCCCCCCACCAGCCAUGAGCUCCUCCGGAAAGGACCACCUCGGCGCCAGCAGCUCAGAGCCCCUCCCAGUCAUCAUCGUGGGUAACGGCCCCUCUGGGAUCUGCCUGUCCUACCUGCUCUCCGGCUACACACCCUAUGUGAAGCCAGAUGCCAUCCACCCACACCCCCUGCUGCAGAGGAAGCUCACCGAGGCCCCGGGGGUCUCCAUCCUGGACCAGGACCUGGACUACCUGUCUGAAGGCCUCGAAGGCCGAUCCCAAAGCCCCGUGGCCCUGCUCUUUGAUGCCCUUCUGCGCCCGGACACAGACUUUGGGGGAAACAUGAAGUCGGUCCUCACCUGGAAGCACCGGAAGGAGCACGCCAUCCCCCACGUGGUCCUGGGCCGGAACCUCCCUGGGGGAGCCUGGCACUCCAUCGAAGGCUCCAUGGUGACCCUGAGCCAAGGCCAGUGGAUGGGGCUCCCGGACCUGGAGGUCAAGGACUGGAUGCAGAAGAAGCGAAGAGGCCUUCGCAACAGCCGGGCCACGGCUGGGGACAUUGCCCACUACUACAGGGACUACGUGGUCAAGAAGGGUCUGGGGCAUAACUUUGUGUCCGGUGCUGUAGUCACAGCCGUGGAGUGGGGGACCCCCAAUCCCAACAGCUGUGGGGCCCAGGACUCCAGCCCCCUCUUCCAGGUGAGCGGCUUCCUGAGCAGGGACCAGGGCCGGCAGCCCUACUCGCUGUGGGCCCGCAACGUGGUCCUCGCCACUGGCACGUUCGACAGCCCAGCCCGGCUAGGCAUCCCCGGGGAGGCCCUGCCCUUCAUCCACCAUGAGCUGUCCGCCCUGGAGGCGGCCACAAGGGUGGGUGCGCUGACCCCGGCCUCGGACCCUGUCCUCAUCAUUGGCGCGGGGCUGUCAGCGGCUGAUGCAGUCCUCUACGCCCGCCACUACAACAUCCCCGUGAUCCAUGCCUUCCGCCGGGCCGUGGACGACCCUGGCCUGGUGUUCAACCAGCUGCCCAAGAUGCUGUACCCUGAGUACCACAAGGUGCAUCAGAUGAUGCGGGAGCAGUCCAUCCUGUCCCCCAGCCCCUACGAGGGUUACCGCAGCCUCCCCGGGCACCGGCUGCUGUGCUUCAAGGAAGACUGCCAGGCCGUGUUCCAGGACCUCAAGGGUGUCGAGAAGGUCUUUGAGGUCUCCCUGGUGCUGGUCCUCAUCGGCUCCCACCCCGACCUCUCCUUCCUGCCUGGGGCAGGGGCUGACUUUGCAGUGGACCCUGACCAGCCACUGAGCACCAAGAGGAACCCCAUUGACGUGGACCCCUUCACCUACCAGAGCACCCACCAGGAGGGCCUGUACGCCAUGGGGCCGCUGGCCGGGGACAACUUCGUGAGGUUUGUGCAGGGGGGAGCCCUGGCUGUGGCCAGCUCCCUGCUAAGGAAGGAGACCAGGAAGCCACCCUAACACCCGGCCAGACCUGCUGGCUCCCAGGCCCUGAGAGGACAAAGAUGACCACAUCUCUGCUGGAUAUAGGGCCCGUCUAAAGAUGCCCCAGGAAGGGGCGUCAGCCCACAUAGCUGACCUUUGGGGUCAAGAGGAGUAGGGAUCCCAGUGUCUGAGGUGGUAACAGUGGCCGCAGGCCAGGGUCAGCCUAGACCUAGGAUUUGGGGGGAAAGCUGCUGGUGUGAGCUGGGAUCACCAGGACCAGCUGAGCACCCAGCAGGAGACCUUCAGGCCUGCACCUUCCAGAAGCAGGUCCCAAAUAAAGCCAGUGCCCACCUGCA